AUCAUUUGUGUAGCGAGCAGGGAAGGGGCUUGAUCUCUGACUGCUGUCGACACUCUACCUUGUGGCUUAUCAGAUACGCUUGUGCUGGUAGGUCUUCGGGCAAAAAGGCUGCUGUUCGACUUGUGUGAAAAUGAAUGGCUACGGAUCACCGUACCUCUACAUGGGGGGCCCGGUCUCUCAGCCAAGAGCACCUCUUCAAAGGACCCCCAAGUGCGCCCGGUGCAGGAACCACGGAGUGCUCUCCUGGCUGAAGGGGCAUAAGCGUUACUGUCGCUUUAAAGACUGUACCUGCGAGAAAUGCAUCCUGAUCAUUGAGCGGCAGCGGGUGAUGGCUGCCCAAGUUGCCCUAAGAAGACAACAGGCGAACGAGAGUUUGGAGAGUCUUAUUCCGGAAUCACUGAGAACUUUGCCAAGUAUCGCCGUGCCUGGCAGCGGCGAAAGUAACCAAGGGGCACCGCCGCGCAUGGGGGAAUUAGACUUGCGGUGGAGUGCGGAGCAGCCCGGGAACAACCAGCCUGCAGUUGACCCGAGUGAAGAUCUGUCAGACGAGCAGUUGGGAACAGAGAACGGCGGCAGUAACAGCGACAAGGAGCAAGACCAGGCCAGCUCCCCCGAGGGGCCCAAACCCAACGCGUGCUACUCCCCGGAAACCCCCGACGCGCCCCCCGCUCUGGAGGAGGGGCGCUACGGCCCGCCGAAGACCGGCGGCGACCCCGAGGCCAAAAGCGAGAGCCCCAAAUACCCCGGGGAGCAGAGCCUGCUCAUCGAGGGCCUGUCCGGCUCCGUGUCCCUCCCCUUCAACCUGAAGGGCAACCGGCCCCCGCUGGAGGUCCUGAAGAAGAUCUUCCCGGCCCACAAGCCGCCCGUCCUGGAGCUGAUACUCAAGGGCUGCGGGGGGGACCUGGUGGGGGCCAUCGAGGUGCUCCUCUCCAGCCGGUCGGCCCCGGGCUCCGACAGGGCCCCCGGGGACGCCCCCGACGCGCUCCUGCUGCCUUCCGGCGGGCACCUCUUCGAACACACCCUGGGGUCCUACCCCGUGUCCUCCUCCAAGUGGUCGGUGGGCUCGGCGUUCAGGGUGCCCGACUCGCUGAGGUUCUCCUCGGAUUCCUCCGGCGUGGUGCCCAGCCCGCUGGCGGUGCCCCUGCAGCACCCCUUCCCCCAGCCCCCCCGCUACCCGCUCAUGCUGCGCAACUCCCUGAGCCGGAGUCAGGCCAGCCCCUUCAUGCACAACGACGUGACUCUGUGGAAUACCAUGACCCUCCAGCAGCAGUACCAGCUCAGGUCCCAGUACGUCUCCCCCUUCUCCGGCGGCUCCGCCGGCGUCUUCCGCUCCUCCCCGGUCCUCGCCUCCCGCCCCGCCGAGGAUCACGGGAUUACAAUCCAGGAGGCCGGGCACGCCGUGGUCCCCAAACAGACCAUGUACGCCGACGAGGACUACGACGAGAGACCCGACUCCUCGGACUCUAGAAUUUUAAAUUCUUCUGCCUGACCCGUGACGGCCCCACCCCCCCCCCCCCCCCCCAAAAACCAAAUGAACGUCCCGAGCACCAAAAUUGUAUUAUAAACGGAUUGCUUAAUGAUGAGAAAUAAAACAGCAGGGAAGGCCAUUUUCCUGCAUGAAAAAAAAAAAGAAUGUUAAACAAUCGCCGCUUAAGGUACAGUAUCCCAUCUCCAUUCAAAGUGUUUGUUUAUCUUUAGUAUGUAGCCUUCCUGCCUGUAACACUACAAUCAUUUCUGACAGCCGUGAGCAAAAAUAGAAUAAUGAUAAUAAUAAUAAAAAAUGUAAAAAAAAAAAAAUAUAAGAAAAAACAUUUUGGAACAUAUUGUGUCUGUGGAUAUCGAUAUGAGUUAUCAGGCUGCAUGAAAUAUACUGUGAAUAUGUCCACAAAGUAGAAAUGUCAAAACUAUGUAGCAUGUAAACCAAAUAAACUCUGGUGAUACCA